CCGGUAUUUAGCGUCUGGAUUUUCAGGUUCCACGGAGUGUGUGUUGUGUGCGUGUGUGUGUGUUGUCCGUGUAUGUGAGUGUGUGAGAGAGUUUGUGGUGUGUGUUUGUAAACGGUCCCAGCUCGGAUACUGUCACCGCUUUGCACCGCAGCCAGUCUCCGUGUUCCUACAUGCAAGUUAACGUCGCGGCUCCGCAAUCGUUGCACAGCAAUGACCGAAAGCCCCGCUACCAAACCAGCCAACGGGGAAGUGUGCGUGAAGAACGGACUGAAACCGGAGAGGAACGGCUUCGUGAAGAGCCUCCACCGCUGCCAUGAGCGGCAGCACAAGCACCACUGGCACCCCGACGAGGACGAGAUCCACGCAGCAUCAUAUCAUGGCAGCCUCUACAGCCGGCCUUUCAUUGAGUCUUUCGAAGAGACACCCAUGCUGGUGGCAGUACUCACCUACAUGGGCUACGGCAUCCUCACCAUCUUUGGCUACCUCCGCGACUUCCUUCGCCACUGGAAAAUUGAAAGAUGCCAUAUCGCCAGAGAGAAGGAGGAACAAAAGGACUUUGUGCCACUCUACCAAGAUUUUGAGAACUUUUACACCAGAAACCUUUACAUGCGGAUAAGAGACAACUGGAACAGGCCCAUAUGCAGCGUCCCAGGAGCCAAAAUGGAUCUGAUGGAACGAGCCUCCCAUGACUACAACUGGACUUUUGAGUACACAGGUCGGGUAGUGCAAGAUGUGAUUAACUUGGGCUCGUAUAAUUACCUCGGCUUCGCUGAGAAUACGGGUCCGUGUGCUGACUCGGCAGCUGAGGUCACCAUGAAGUAUGGUGUUGGAAUCGCAAGCACCAGGCAGGAGAUUGGUAACCUGGACAGACACGAGGAGAUGGAGAAACUGGUGGCUAAGUUCCUCGGCGUGGAAUCUGCCAUGGCAUUUGGGAUGGGGUUUGCAACCAACUCCAUGAACAUACCAGCCUUGGCUGGCAAGGGAUGCCUGAUUCUGAGUGAUGAACUGAACCAUGCCUCUCUAGUCCUGGGAGCCAGACUCUCUGGGUCCACCAUCAGAGUCUUCAAACACAACAAUAUGCAGAGCCUUGAGAAACUGCUGAAAGAAGCCAUAGUUCACGGUCAGCCCAGGACUCACAGACCAUGGAAGAAAAUUCUCAUAGUGGUCGAAGGCAUUUACAGCAUGGAGGGCAGUAUAGUGCGCCUGCCAGAGGUGAUCGCCCUGAAGAAGCGCUACCGGGCCUACCUUUAUCUAGAUGAGGCCCACAGCAUAGGAGCUCUGGGUCCAAGAGGAAGAGGUGUGGUGGAUUACUUUGGCCUUGACCCCUGUGAUGUAGACGUAAUGAUGGGCACAUUUACCAAGAGCUUUGGUGCUGCAGGGGGAUACAUCGCAGGGAAAAGGGAGCUCAUCGAAUACCUACGCUCCCAUUCCCACAGUGCGGUCUAUGCCACCUCCAUGUCUCCUCCUGUGGUGGAGCAAAUCAUCACUUCUAUGAAGUGCAUUAUGGGAGAAGAUGGCACAACGAUAGGCUGUGAUCGUGUGCGGCAGCUGGCAGAGAACACAGUCUAUUUCCGCAAGAGGCUUCGAGAAAUGGGCUUCAUCAUCUACGGCAACAACGACUCUCCGGUCGUACCCAUGAUGCUCUACAUGCCCGCCAAGAUAGGAGCGUUUGGCAGGGAGAUGCUGAAGAGGAACAUUGGGGUUGUAGUCGUUGGGUUCCCUGCGACGCCCAUCAUCGAGUCACGGGCACGUUUCUGCAUCUCAGCCGCCCACACAAACGACAUGCUCGACAGGGCGCUAAGUGUCAUCAGCGAGGUAGGAGACCUUCUUCAGCUCAAGUACUCCCGUCACAGAAUACAGCCGUCUUUGGCGCGGCCUGUUGACGAUAACGUGUAUGAGGACAUAGACGACUGAUGAAUCACUCCUCUGCUGAUGUGAACCAGAACAACCCCUGAAAAUACAGAACAGGUCAAGACGGAUCACAGGUCUUCCAGGAGAACCAAGAUGUGCGUACGUGCCCCUUGUCACUAGCUUGCCAUAACAUAACCCCCCGACAAAAGGAAAACACUUAAAACUAUCAUCUGAUUCAACUUUGCCUUACCUAAAUACACAGAACCUGUGGUAUAUACACUGAAAACAGCACUUCUGCUUUUUCCUGUGUACUUUAUUUUUUUGUUUCAUUUUGUGUCUAUUUUUUUUGGUCUGUUUUGUGUCUGUUGUACUUGUGGCAUUCAUCACUGUUAAGCCUUGUAGUUAUGUAUAUGAAGCGGAUGUCAGACGUCAGCUUUCCAAGUGUCGCUCAGAUUGAGAUUUUUUUCAUAACAUUGAUCUAAAGUGGAUUUAAUGGGGUAAAGUUACCCUUUUAACCAACAAUCAAAGACCAAGUUCUAUCAUCCAGUAUGUUGCACAUCCGUGAUUAUUACCAUAAGCAGAAAUCACUGGAUGUUGCACCGUUUGCACAGGACCAGUAAGACACCAGUUUUCUACCUUGUUAGCUUGUUAGCCUGUCAUCCCAAGGUUUCACUGAAGAUUAUUUUGUCUGCUGAAAAAGGUUUCCCCAAGGCUUUUCAAGGAAUGUCAUUAUUCUAAAACUCCCUUCUAAUGACAUCUAGAAGUCACACUGCUCCUUUAGCCUCACUUGACUGAACAUUUAUGACCAAAUUAGGCUCAUUUUUUGCUUCCAUCAUUAGAUUUCCAGUCAAGUAAAAACACAAACAAGCAGUCCAAAGCAAAUUCCUAAUAGACAGUAGCCAUGUUUCCAUAAUGUGUUUUUGUAUGCAUUUUGAAAUAUCAUUUUUGUCUCCUUACUGCAUUAGCAUGGUAUUGGUAUGAAACAUGGCCAAUGCCAGGGGAUGUUAAAGAACUUUGCCAGUUGAAAACUAUUUUUGAGGACAUUUCCUCAAUUUUUCUUUUGUAGAUGGUCACAGCAGUUGGCAAAAAAAAAAAAGGAUUUGUUCCAAGCUCUGUCUGCAUUGUUUAUUACAGCCACCUUCUGACAAUACAACACAGCAUAGUUGAUUCACUACAAACCAAUUUGUAAAAUGAAUAUUUGCAUUUUUGCUUCAUAUUCGCUUGUCAGUUUUGUGGAAACAUGGCUGGUUUUUAUUACAAAGGAACAGCUUGAUGUUUGGGAAAUUAACCUUAUUCUCUUUCUUGCAGAAUAUUUGAAAAGAGCAAUAUUACUUUCAUGUCAGUAUGUGAAAUAUGAAGUAAGAGCCUGUGGGCAAUUAGCUUUAAGAAAAACAGUUAUAGUCCGUAACUCCUCACAGAAGCACAAAUUCUUUUUACAUUCCUGUUGUUUUAUGGAUUAACAAAACACAAAGUAACAUGUAUAUUACCAACAUUUUGAGGUGCUGUAGAGAGAUAAGUUAACCUUUUUUAUCUGGCUUCCAGUCGCAAAGCUAAGCUAACUAAUGGCUUAUUGUUUCAUAUUUAGAUUGGUAUCAGUCUUCUCAAAUUAAUUUUAGCAACAAAGCAGAUGAGUAUACUUACUAAAAUGUCAAACUUUUCCUUAAAUUUGGGGCCAGUGAGGUGAUGAUUUAAAUGUUUUAAUGUCUGCUAAAGUAAACUAUAUUGCUUGGCAUAAUUCGUGUGUUCGGAAAAGCCAUAAAAAAUUAGAAAAUGCAUUAUUGAGAACUUCAUUUGCCUCCGUUGACACCAGCUCUGGGUCAGUACAGUAGUGCCAGAAUGGAGAAAAUCUGAACACAUUUUUAGCCUUGUUAUUGAUGUGUAAAGAGUAAAUUUCCCCGAACUUAAAAGUGCUGCAUAGCUCCAGCAGUCAGAGGUUAAAGUUUUCUGAAAGCAACUCUAUGUGGCAUUAGCAGACAACAAAAAACCAUCAAGCAUUUCCAUAACCAUUCUAAUUAGAAGAAUGGAACUGCUAUUAGCAGCCUACCACUCACAAAUCAACAGUGAAUUUAAUCUUUUUUGCAGUAAUGAAAUAAUCUGUGUAUACCUUUGUUGGGUCUCUAAUCAUAGUUCAACUAAUGAUUGUGUUUUUGCGUUUCUGAGAGAGAUAACUGAAAUAUAUGACUAAAUUCAGCUAAAUUCUAGCUUAAUUAAAUCACUGUUUUACCAUUAUCUGCUGUCAGUGGUUAAACUAUAUUUAAAAAAUGACCAAUGAAGUUGUUGUUUUCAGAAAUAACUUUUUUAAAAAAGCAACACUGUAAUUGAAAUGUUUGCUGCUUUUGAAAGAAUGGAAAAAUAAUGUUGAUUUAAACUUGAAUAGGGAAUUUUAUUCCUGAACGUCUGUUACACGUUGCGUUUUCCCACCGACCAUGUUUCAUGUCACCAUCAGCGGUGUCCACCAGUGUGAUUGUAUGUUUUUACUGACCAACUUAAUGUGUGUUUGUACCAUUUAAAGUCUUACGGAUCACCUCAAACAAACACAAGGGCAGAAUAUUCAGCGUCACAUUAGUCUUACUACUUUUUUCUUUUUUGCUCUGCCCAAAAUAGUGCAAGUGUAAGCUGUUCUCUGUUCAUGUUUAGAAGGCCAGCGCAGCUACUUCGGGUAGUACAUUUUAGAUAGAGAACAUCUAAAUGAUCACAGCUACACUAGUCUGGAUGUCAUCCAGCAACACUUGUCUUUUCUUUCACCUUCCCCUCCUCUAUCUCUUAGUUGCUCAUUAGUACAAACCUCACUGCUUCGUGUCUGAUAACAUGGUUUUACUGCCUUGUGAAACAAAGUGCUACCCUCACACUGUGACUCAGAAGUCACUAUUGACUUUAAUCAGGUGUGCUUGCUUGCAUGGUUUCAGGUUUAAAUGUGUGUGUUGCUGCUCUCUUGCCUUGCUUUUCUCCCGUGUACACACCUGUCUUUUGAACUCUGGGUUUAUCUGCGUUGUGCUACUGAGCUUUGGGACAACACCACUCUUUAAUGAAGGCAGCUGUAACAGGAAAAAAAAGGUUAAAAAAAAUCUCACAUGCAUACAUUAACCCCUGCAUGUAUGCACACUGACAAGUACCGUGUAACCACUUAUUCUUCAUCCUAAUGCAUGCAC